AUGGACCGUUUGUGUUCGAACACGCGGCGUCGCGAGUGGAAGGCUGCAGACACCGGUGCGCUGUGUUACACCUGCCACGCAGCAGCACCACAGUUUCAUCUUGGUUUUGGUCCCGGCCCUGCCAGGUGGCCUGUGCUUAAUUACGCUACCGGUAAAAAAAUUUGGGCGCGGAGCCUGCUGGCUGGGUUUGCUGUCCUGUCGACCAGCGUCUUUGCUGAAGAGAACUUUACCGGUCAUGUCGAGAUUGGCCUGCGGGAAGUCGACGUGCAGGGCGACAAAAACAAAUACGAUCAGUACAUCAAUUUAUCAGAUGGCGCCCGCCUGGCUGGAUUUAGCGCACGUUAUGCCCCCCGACAGAGUGAGGGAAACACACCGGAUCUGUUAGAUUUACGCAUCGUAGGGUUAGGCGGCGAACCUUACGAAAGUAUCGAUGUUACCGCGCGCAAAUACAGUACUUAUCGCUUUCGCUACAGCCGCCGCAAAUCCGAGUAUUUCUAUGAAGAUCUGCUGGUGCGACCGGAAGACGCCAGUGUCGAAGGCUCAACCGGAGGCGAUUUUCACCAGUUCGAUUUUGAGCGGACACGCGACACCUUGAGCCUCGGUCUGGAUCUGACAAGCCAGGCAAAACUCACCUUUGAUUUUGAUCGCUAUGAGAAAAGCGGUGACAGCACCACCACUAUUGAUGUUGAACGCGAAGAGUUUGAGUUGGAUCAGCCCAUAAACGAGGAACUGCGCUCUUCCACUUUGGGAUUUCAAUACGACUGGGAGCGGGUCACACUCACUUUAAGGGAGCAGUGGCAACGUCAUGAAAAUGAUUACAGCGCAUUUCUACCCGGUUUUUCUGCGGGUAGCGACCCCACCGAACCCACCGAGCUGAACAAUUUCUUUCUGAAUCAACCCUACAGCAGCGACGUACGCGAACACGCCGUGGGUUUACAGAUCAGACCCACGGACAAAUUGCAGACCCGGCUGGAUUUCCGGCAGAUUGAUCUGGACCUUGAUCUGGAUGCUGCCGAGCGCGCCCAGGGUCUCGAUUUUCUCGGCAACCCAUUAGACCGUGACCUGCAGGGUGUCGGCGAGGUGGAACGCAGCACCCAGCUGGUGGAUGCAGAAGCCAUCUAUGCCCUGACCGAGCGAUGGCAGGUUGGCGCAAGUAUCAGGUAUUACGAACUCGAUCAGGAUGGUUCUGUUGUGUUUGGCGGUGAACCUGCGGACAGUCAUUGGCAACUUGAUCACCUCGGCUACGAGUUAUCAGCGCAGGCUGCGCUGACCGAUGAUCUGCAUAUCGCUUUUGGUUGGCAAACAGAAUCUCGUGACGCUGAAUUUGUGGAAACACAAAUUGAUGGCGUCUUUGCCCGCAGUGAAGACACCGAUCAGACAGGCUUUUUUGUGCAGGCCAACUACCAACCGGACGCGCACCUGAAAAUCAGCCUUACCGUGGAAGACAAUCGUAUUGACGAUCCUUUUACGCUGGCAUCUGCAACGGACGCUCUACGCUAUCGGUUACGCGGCCGCUAUCGCUUCGACAACGGUCUGAGUCUAACGAUGUCGCACCGGCGCACGGACUAUGAGAAUACCAAUACCGAUUGGCAAUCUACGACUGAGCAAACCGAUAUCAGAUUCGAACUUGCCCUGGAGCGCUUGACCCUGGUUGCUGGUUACGCAAGCGUAGAUCUGGAAAAUGAAAUUGAUCAGUUAGUCACAGGUGGCUUCCGCCAGGACCUGUUUGCCAUUAAAUAUGAGGCUGACGCAGAUUUCUGGGAUGCUUCCGCGGACUUUCAGGUGAACGAAAAAUUGUCUUUAUCAGGUGCUUUCCGCACUUAUGAAAACGAUGGCAGCUUCCACGUGGAGCGGGAUGAUGUCCGGCUGGCGGCGCACUACACCCUGCCGCAGGACUAUGUUGUUGGCUUGAGCUACCGCAGGAUCGACUUUUCCGAAGGUGAUCUGGAAGAGUUUGACGCGGAUAUAUGGGAAAUAACCCUACGCCUCGACUGGUAG